CCUAAAUGUUCAAGACAACAUGGCAACCACUCGCACAUUCGACCCCCAAACCCCCGCUGCUGAUAUCGCAGCAGCAUUCCCAGAGAGCAUCCAAGGCAAAACCAUCAUCAUCACCGGUGUCUCCCCCAACAGCCUCGGCCUUGCCACUGCCUUCACCUUUGCAUCCCAAUCUCCCGCCAACCUCAUCAUCACAGGCCGAUCUAGCGAAAAACUCGAGGCCUCAAUCCACUCCCUGAAACUCAAAUACCCAAAUACCCACUACCACGCCCUCCUCAUGGACCUAUCCUCCCAAUCCUCCGUCCGAGCCGCGGCAACCCAACUCAACAACGACACCACCAUCCCCACCAUCGACAUCCUAAUCAACAACGCCGGCGUGAUGGCCAUCCCGACCUUAACCCUAACCGAAGACGGAAUCGAAACCACCUUCGCAACCAACCACCUGGGGCACUUCCUCUUCACCAACCUCAUCCUCCCCAAGAUAAUCAAAGCCGCCCAAUCAUCAUCAUCAUCAUCCCCACCCCCCCGAAUAAUCAACCUCACCUCCUUCGCCCACCACUUCUCCCCCAUCCGCUUCAGCGACAUAAACUUCACCCUCCCGCACACCUCCCUUCCUGCGUCCGAACAUCCCGACUUCCAAAAAACGGAACUCUUCACCGGCACAUCCCAUUCCACCUCCACCUCCACCUCCCCCUACACCGGCUUCUUCUCCUACGCGCAAUCCAAAACGGCAAAUAUCCUCUUCACCAUCUCCCUGAACGAGAAACUCUACACCAAGUACGGCAUCUCCUCGUUCGCGGUGCAUCCCGGCGCCGUGGACACGAAUAUUAAUCGGUAUGCGGAGCCAGGGGAGGUAGAGCGGGCGUUGAAGAGGGUUCAGGAAUUAGGGUUCGACGCGAGACAGAAGGAGCCCAGGGUGGGGGCGAAUACGGUCGUUUGGGGGGCGGUGGAUGGGGGGUUAGUUCCGGGGGGUAAUCUAGAUGGGAAAGGGGUGUAUUUGGCGGAGUGUGCGGUGGAUGAGGUGAAUGUUGCGGGGUUUGCGAGGGAUCGGGAGGGGGCGGAGAGGCUUUGGGGGUCUGCUAGCACUUUAUCGAUAGAUAAUCAUUCGGUCAACACUUAUCACGGCUUUUCAUACGAUACAAUACCCGAAAGAAUGCAGUCAUAUACUACUAUUAUAGAAGUUAUGGAGUUUGAGCUCGAUUUAUUUCUGUAG